AUGUGUAUGGAAUGUCUGAUGACAAAAAAACCAAGAGGACGACAACCUGGUCUGCUGCAUCCCAUACCACCAGGACGAAGGCCGUUUGAAGUUGUUCAUGCAGACCAUGUAGGGCCGUUUGUCACAAGUACUGAAGGGAACAGGUACAUUUUGGUAUUAGUAGACAAUCUAACUAAAUAUGUCUGUUUGUUUCCAGUAACGGAUACCAGUACGGAAGGAGUGUUGUAUGUCAUGGAUGAGUUCAUAAACAGGUUUGGACUACCUAGGAAGUUGAUCACUGAUCGAGGCUCUUGUUUUACAUCUCAUCGGUUUGAAAACUACUGUGAAUAA